GCCGAGGACGCUGUUUGAAAGUCCACUUCUGCCAGUUUGAAGGAUCACAAACGCAACCUAAGAGUCCAACCCAUCGAUUCCUGACGGGCUCGCCCAAUACAUCUAUUUCCUUCCCGGAGGCCACCGACAGCAAGGUUUUACCUACGACGGGCGUUCCUUGAGCGAUGGACCCUCUCGCUGGAGGUGAUAUGCUUGUCGAUGACUACGACAACAUCGAUGAGAAGCAGGAUGUCGCCAUCAUACCCCCAGAAGACCCAAUGGAGGGUCAAGAAAAGCCCGUGCUAGCCAACGAUUAUGCCGCCAUGAGAGCAAAGGUUCUGCCGAAUAUCCCCGACCUUGAAACUGGUUUCGAAACCGAGUAUACCUGGAAAAUUGAGAACUGGCGCAACCUUUCAAGACGGGAACAUGGACCAACAUUUCAAUGUGGCAACUAUCCUUGGAGAGUGCUUUUCUUCCCAUUCGGAAACAAUGUCGACCAUGCGUCAUUCUAUUUGGAACAUGGUUUCGACUCCAAACCCCCCGAGGAUUGGUAUGCCUGCGCGCAAUUCGCGCUGGUAUUGUGGAACGAAAAUGACCCUUCAAUCUAUGUCCAUCAUACCGCCAAUCAUCGUUUCACAGCCGAGGAGGGUGACUGGGGCUUCACGAGAUUCGCCGAGUUGCGGAAGAUGUUUGCCGCUCAGUGGGAAGAUCAUGAUAGACCCCUUGUGGAGGAUAAUGCUGUCAACUGCACGGUUUACGUUAGAAUCGUGAAGGACCCAACCGGCGUUUUGUGGCAUAAUUUCAUCAAUUAUGAUUCGAAAAAGGAGACCGGGAUGGUGGGGCUAAGAAACCAGGGCGCUACCUGCUAUCUCAAUUCUCUACUGCAGUCUCUUUUCUUUACGAAUGCAUUUCGAAAGGCCGUCUAUUUGAUCCCUACUGAACACGAAGCAGAACGCUCCAAUAGCGCCCAUGCAUUGCAGCGCCUUUUCUACCUCCUCCAAACUCACAAAUUUGCAGUCUCUACCCAGGAAUUAACCGCAUCUUUUGGCUGGGACACAAAGCAGAUAUUUGAACAACAAGACGUCCAGGAAUUCUCCCGGAUUUUGAUGGAGCGAAUGGAGGAAAGAAUGAAGGGAACCGAGGCCGAGAAUGCGCUUGCCAAGCUCUUCGUUGGGAAGAUGAAGACAUAUAUCUCAUGCAUCAACGUCAACUAUGAGUCUUCUCGAACGGAGGAUUUUUGGGAUAUCCAGCUCAAUGUCAGCGGCAACAAGAAUCUCCAUGACAGCUUCAGAGACUAUAUCCAGGUCGAGACCAUGGACGGCGAGAACAAAUAUUACGCCGAGGGCCAUGGUCUUCAGGAUGCCAAAAAGGGUGUGAUAUUUGAGAGCUUUCCGCAGGUUCUGCACCUGCAGCUGAAGCGCUUUGAAUACGACAUCAACCGAGAUGCCAUGAUGAAGGUCAAUGAUCGCUACGAGUUCCCCGAAAUCUUCGAUGCAUCGCCCUAUCUUUCAGAAGACGCCGAUAGAUCUGAACCGUACAUCUAUCAACUACACGGAGUCUUGGUCCACAGCGGUGAUUUCAACGCCGGUCAUUACUACGCUUUUCUGAAGCCUACAAAGGAUGGACAUUUUUACAAGUUCGACGACGACAGAGUCACGCGGGCAACCCUUAAGGAGGCGAUGGAUGACAAUUUUGGUGGCGACUAUGCUAUGACUCCAAAUGGCAUGAUUGGUGCACAGCGCAACCUGUAUACCCGGACAACGUCCACGAAAAGAUCCAUGAGCGCUUACAUGUUGGUCUACAUUCGUCAAUCUCGGCUUGAUACGGUACUGGACGAAGUUCGGGAUGCUGAUAUACCAGCGCAUAUAGGGAGAAGGCUUACUGAGGAGCGUGCUCUUAUAGAGCAAAGGCGAAAAGAACGCGAGGAAGCCCACUUGUAUCUUCCCAUAGUCACGGUAACGGACGCAAAUUAUGCCGCUUACCAAGGCUUUGAUCUUACCAACUGGGACACUUCCUCAGGAACCGCAGCCUGCCCGAAGCCUUACCGAGUCUUAAAGACAACUACUGUCGGAGACUUUGUAAAAAUGGUGGCAGAUGAUAUUGGCGAAAAUUCGGACCGACUGCGGCCUUGGGUGAUGGUCAACCGGCAGAACAGAACGGUUCGACCAGAUCAGCCCCUCACAGACAACACGAUGACCGUUGAGGAAGCUUACAAUAAGCACGGUACUAAGAACAGUCCGUUCCGCCUCUGGAUCGAAGUCGCCGAAGCUUCCGACGAUGGUAGCCCUGGUUGGUCGGACCACCAGGUCGCCAAUGGAAACGCGGCUGUCAACCAGUCUGGUUCAAUUCUAAUAUUUUUGAAAUAUUUUGAUUCAGAGCAGCAAACUCUUCAUGGGGCGGGCCAUGUUUUCCUCCGAAGGCAUGACAAAGUUCAGGAUCUUGGUGCGCCGAUUUUGAAGUCCAUGGGCUGGCCUAGUUCUACGAAUCUGAAACUCUUCGAGGAAAUCAAACAUUCAAUGAUCGAGCCCAUGAAGCCAAAGUCCACGCUCCAUCAAGCCGAGCUCCAAGACGGGGACAUAGUUUGUUUCCAGAGAUCACUGUCGGAGAAAGAAAGUGCUGCGAUUUCGCAAGUCGGGGGCUACGUGGACGCUCGAGAAUUUUAUGACUACCUCCUUAACCGCAUCAACGUCAAGUUUAGCCCCAAAAUCCCUCAAAAUAUCGAAGGGGAGGCGUUCGAACUCACGCUGAGCAAAAAGAUGACCUACGAUCAAUAUGCGGCCAAGGUCGGCGAGCAUCUCCACGCGCCACCUACCCACAUUCGCUUUUCCACAGUGAAUGCGACAACCGGGAAACCGAAAACUGUGGUGAAGCGCAGUCUUAAUGCGACUUUACAGCAGACGCUUUCGCCCCAAUACAGCGCUUAUGGCAACAAUAACCAAUUGCCUAAUGCACUCUAUUACGAGGUAUUGGAGCUGAGUCUUGGCGAGCUGGAGACGAAGAAGAACGUCAAAAUCACAUGGCUCAGCGAGGGAAUCGCCAAAGAGGAAACGUACGACAUUCUCGUGCCCAAGAAUGGAGUUAUCGGUGACCUUCUUCCGGCUCUCCAGAAGAAAGCCAAUCUUGACGACUCGACCAUCAAUAAUCUCCGCGUCUACGAAGCACACGGUGGGAAGGUCUACAAAGAACUUUCUUCAGAGUAUAGUGUUGCCAGCGUAAACGAGUUUGUAACCUUGUACGCGGAACGCAUUCCUGAAGAAGAAUUAAAUGCGGCGGAAGGCGACCGCAUUAUUUAUGCUUUCCAUUUUGACAGGGAAACCAAUAAACCACAUGGCGUUCCUUUUAGAUUUGUCGUCAAGCCUGGCGAAAUUUUCAAAGAAACAAAGGAGCGGCUCUCAAAAAGAACAGCAAUCAAGGGCAAGGUAUUUGAAAAGAUCAAAUUUGCCCUAGUCCAGCAGUCAGCAUAUUCAAAACCUAUUUAUAUUUCUGACGACGAUAUCCUUUCGGAUAUGGCAACAAGGGGUGAUGAUCUCUUGGGACUAGACCACGUAAAUAAAUCCCGGAGUUUUUGGAACCGUGGAGACUCCAUUUUCAUUCGCUAGAAAGCAUAAAAGGGUCGGCAUCUUCCUGGGUUAGCGGCGGAGUUUGAUGACGAACGCAAGCUCCGCGUCUCGCAGGCGUUAUUGGCUCACUUGGAACAUAUGUAUCGUAGUAGACAUUAUGCUGAAUUCUGUUGGGCCAGAUAGGUAAAUUAUGCAUUUUUCAGUCUGCUC